AGUUUAGUGCAGUACAGAGAGUGUUUGGCAGCUUUUGAGAACAAUGAACUGGCCAAACAGAGAAUGCCAAAGGCAUUAUUGUCAGCAUUUGAUAACCGAUCUUGGAUUCCGGUUACAAACAUUCUUUUACGUCUCUGCAAAGGUUAUGGGUUUGGUUCUUCAAAGCACGGAGAAUCUUCAUCAUCCUCGGUUAUUUUUCAGAGACUGCUGCGUGAAGCUUGCAUAUCUGAUGAAGAGUUGUUCUCAGCUUUUCUCAAUCGUCUAUUUAACACUCUCAGCUGGACAAUGACUGAAUUCUCAGUUUCCAUUCGGGGAAUGCAAGAAAAAUACCAGGUAUUGGAGUUUCAUCAGAGGAAAUGUUGUGUCAUAUUUGAUCUCUCGUGUAAUCUUGCAAGGGUAUUGGAGUUUUGUACCCAUGUGAUCCCUCAAGCAUUCCUCUCAGGGCCUGAUACAAACCUUCGAAGACUGACUGAGUUGAUUGUCUUCAUUCUGAACUACGUAACUUCAGCAGCAGAUGCUGAAUAUUUUUACUUGUCACUUAGACAGCACGGUCAAUCUUUAGAGAAAGUAAACAGAGGCAUGAUAUUAGCCCCUUUAGUAGGGAUCAUUGUGAAUUUGUUGGAUGCUAGUAUGGACACUGAAUUCAAGGAACGGAAUAAUAUUGUGGAUGUGUUUGCAAACAUGGAUUGCCCCAAAACUAUGCAUUAUGGUUUGCUGUACAUGUUAGAGUACAAUUGGGCUACAUAUUUCAGGGGAGAAGCCUACAUGCCUAAACUCUGUUCGCUAGAGAAUUUAUUGACUCUCCUCAUCAGCCAUAGUGAUUCAAAGAAGAUCGGGGAGCUUGAAUGUGGAGAAACCAAUGCCGACGAUGGCAUGUGCUGCAUCUGUUACGCCUCCAAAGCUGAUGCACAGAUCGAUAUCCUUAUGUAUACCCUUAAGAAGCAAGUUUGGGUUCAAAUUCCAGCAUCUGCAAUCCCCUUGUUUAACCUCAGGCUGCAGUUUCUUAUUUACCAGGGAAAUGGGUAA